AUGAUGCAUGAAAACCAGCUGAAUUACUGGAAGAAAGGAAGGGAGAAAGAAAGACAGACAAAAGAAUUAUUACCUCCUAAUUUGGAGCCAGAAUAUUUUCCAUCUAAGAAGAUUCUUUCUAUAUUGGCUGUAAUACAACUAAUGCUUGCAAGUAGUCAUUUCAUCGAAAAUACCGUCUUACUUCAUCGGAAUUUCCAUGAUUUUUAUGACUACGAAAGUCGUUUGGUUGUAACUAUAAUUUGGGCGCUUACACUUUGCUGGAUCUUAUGCACAUUCAUUUUACUUAUUGGAUUAUUCACCAAUCUACCUUUCCUUCUCUUACCGCAUAUGGUUUUUUCGAUUUUUUGGUUGCUGUGCAAGAUUAUUAUUCUGCUGAUUAUGCUAAUUUCAAGAGCAAACCUUCUGCCUCUUCUUCUUGUCUCUUCUAUCUGUGUUAUUACUGCUGUUUCACUGCCAUAUGAAUGGAAUUGUUAUAGCUUAAUGCGUGCUUUGCUAUAA